AUGUCUUCCCAUUCGCUUCCAGGCCUGCCUACUGAGCUCAUCGUUCGGAUUUUUGAAUUGCUCCCAAAUUGUUGUGCUGUCGUUGCCCUCCCUGCAUCGCCCUUCGCGCAAACUCUACCAAAAUCCGGCAAUCUAACGCGGCCGCAAUAUCGGACGCUGUUCUCCCUCGAGCCAUCGAACGUUACACUGACGCUGAAGAAUUGGUCCGAUUUCAAACAGCACAGGAACAGGGAAUAUAAGGCGGCGGAAGAAUCGAAAACCGACGAACCGGAAACCGAUGAAGCGGAUGAUGCUCACCACAACGUUCUAAAACGCAACGAAUAUAUCGCCGUCAAUGCCUCCAUCGUCUCAAAGGAGUGUGCAGAUUUGCAAACCGAAGCUAUAAGCGACUCUUACCAAAAUCUGCACGGGUCUGAAACUGAGGGACUCCGCCGCACUGGAUUCCGAGGCUUGAAGCGCAUAAGAUACCGCAUCCAUUGCAUAGCUGCUCUGUCCUCGCACCGAGCCGCCCAAGACGGGUAUCUGGAAGCGACGAGCUUGGAUGACCUGAAAGGUAUGCGGGAUGAUAGUGCUGGAACCACGCCGAGGCACUACUAUAUUGACAUUGAUUAUUUUCGCAUUCAUAUCAAGACUUCAUGGGCCCGGAAUGCUUUUGAUUCGAUUGAGGAGGUGUACCGUGAUGAAUGUUGUCGCAAGUACUUGAACUAG